AUGCUUAUCAAGCCAGUCAUACGCUCCAUCGACACUGCCGAAGUUCGAGCCUCCUCAGAGGGCGAAGACUCCCCUUCCCUUAACGAGGGCCUCGCAAGUACUGGCAUAGUAUUUCAUCGUCACCAGCUCAAACGGAUGGCGGCGGUGCCAAGUCCUGGAGCACUCAAGGACAUCACUAACACUGGGUCUGCCGAAAAUGAAGAUUGUGACAAUCAUGAAGAAACUCUGCGGGUCCUUCGCCCUGAGCCGAAGAAAAUCGUCGGAGAGAAUUCCCCCGAUUCGAUGCAGAGCAACUCGAGAAUUUACGAAGAGUCUGAAUCUAAAGACUACAGCGCUUUCCAACAGUACCUUGAUAUCGGGCGGAGGUCUACUACUACUAGCGGUCCUACUGGGGAAGAGGGACUGUUCAUGUUCGAGGGGCAGAGCUGCUAUGAAGAAGUCGUCAUUUGCACUAUCCCGUUUGGUGUUGUUGUGGGAGCUCCUCGAUCAUCAGCAUCGUUAUUAUCAACAUUUUAUAUCGUUAAAUUCAGUGGGGAAGUGGCCGCGCCGGGGUUCAUCGAGUUCGGUCAGGCGGGAAUACUCUCUACUGUCAAGCUGGCCGAGUGA